AUGCCCGGGCACUCUAUUUCCGGCAAGGUUGUGCUGAAUCUGAACUCCGCGCGCCUGGAGCACGGCGGCAUCAAGGUUGAGCUGGUCGGCUGCACCGAGCCUCACUACGACGCCAAGCAGAGCCGCCAGUUCAUUGUUCUGGUGCACGAGCUUCGGUCGGCCGGCACCAUCGAGCGCUCGACCACUUUUGAUUUCUGCUUCGAGGAGGAGGUUUGGGUCCAGCGCUUCACCCCGCGCCCGGCCUUGAACAACAACAUCAAGAUGGAG